AAAAAACGUACCAUAUCUGCAAAAUUGCACGACACAAAGACGACCAGGUAUUUCCCAACUUCGUUCGAUGAGAUGACAAACUUUUCCUUCCAGAACUCUCGCAAAUGUCGCAACUACAGCUGGCUGGGAAACUGCAGGCCUUUCAGCAAAGUGGCCACCGCUGGAUCGCGCGUUCGAAGACGAAGAAGAAGAGAGGCCAUUGUUGCGUAACCGCUACCGCUGGGCACGUGCGCAUUUUGGACACGACGUUGCGCGACGGCGAGCAGUCACCGGGCGCUGCCAUGACAACAAACCAGAAGCUCCAAAUCGCACGGCAGCUGCGUUUGGUGGGAGUGGAUGUUAUCGACGCAGGCUAUCCAUUCGCGUCUCCCGCCGAUAUGGAAGCCGUGAAGAUGAUUGCUCGGGAAGUGGGCAACGUCGAUGACGGGCACGUGCCGGUCAUCGCUGCGCUGGCGCGAUGUAACAAGGCGGACAUUGAUGCCGCCUGGGAAGCACUUCGCCAUGCUCGGCGGCCAAUGAUCAUUCCAUUCAUCUCUACCAGCGACAUUCAUUUGAAGCACAAGCUUAAUAUGUCCAGAGACCAGGCGCUGCGUCUUGCCUCCGAUAUGGUAGCCUAUGCUCGUAGCCUCGGAUGCCUACAGAUCGAGUUCGCUGCAGAGGAUGCCUCCAGGACUGAUCCAGAAUUUUUGUACAAGAUACUGGGAGAGGUGAUCAAGGCAGGAGCCACCACUGUUGGCAUUGGGGAUACAGUGGGAUACCUAUUUCCUUCCGAAUGCUACGAAUUGAUUGCAGGCAUCAAAGCCAAUACUCCAGGCAUAGAGAAUGCCAUUAUUUCAAUUCAUUGCCACAAUGACCUUGGUCUUGCAACUGCCAAUACCUUGGCUGGUGCACUUGCGGGAGCAGGUCAGUUAGAGGUGACUGUUAAUGGCAUUGGGGAAAGAGCUGGAAAUGCUUCGUUAGAAGAGGUGGUCAUGGCAAUAAAAUGUCAUGGAAAGGAAAAAUUAGGGGGUAUUUACACUGGAAUCAAUACAAAACAUGUUGUUAUGGCAAGUAAAAUGGUAUCAGAUUAUACUGGAAUUUAUAUACAAUCACAUAAGGCCAUCGUUGGAGCUAAUACUCUGAUAGACAAUGGGGUUAUUCAUCAAUUGCAUUUUGAUAAAGACCAGAAGGAAUUGGCAUUGGAUGAAGGUCUCCGACAGAAGGAAUUGGCAUUGGAUGAAGGUCUCCGACCUAGAGUUAAUUGGUCAUUUGUUGAUUUACAGGUUACUUGUGGAACAUUGGGCCUUUCCACAGCAUCUAUAAAAUUAAUAGGUCCAGAUGGGAAAGAACACUGUGCAUGUGGUAGUGGAGCUGGACCGAUAGGUGCUGCGUACAGGGCAAUUGAUAACAUUGUUAAGGUACCAAUGACCCUUUUAGAGUAUUCAAUAAGAUCUACUGGAAAAGGUGUUGAUGCAAGUGCAUGUACAAAAGUCCUAAUUCGAGGGGAGAAAGGGCACUCUUCAACACAUGCAUUGACUGAGGCAACUAGUCAUAGAACCUUCAGUGGAACAGGCACUGGAUCAGAUGUAGUUAUCUCUAGUGUGAAUGCAUAUCUACGCGCUUUGAACAAAAUGCAAGGAUUUCAAGCUGAAAUGACAAGAAAAAAGCAAAGAAAUUUGCUUCAUGUCCCUACGUGAGAUACAAGUUUUGUCUUGUUGACCAGAGUUUCCAUUUCAACUUCUAAAUGUACCUAAUUUCCACCUUUUAUUGAUCCUCAAUACGUAGUUUUCAUUUGGAGCAGAGCAAAUGAUACGAAUGUAACUAUUUCUAAAUGCAUUGCUUUCUUAAAUAAAUGCAACGAAGUUAUGGUUUCUUGUAAACUAAGAAAAACAAUAAAUCUAGCUUAUAUAUUUAUUCUUUGAAACAUAGGGAAAGAGGAUAAAUUUUGACAUUAUACAAUCACUUAUUAGAUCAUGAUCAUAUGUUUUUCACAACUGAG